AUGCAAGAAGAGUUACUCUUCAGGACACAUCCAAUGCUAAGGUUGAUUGAUGAUGACAUUGUGGGCAUUCCUGUCUUAGCUCAGAAGCUAAUGGUUAUCCAGGCAACAAUGAUCGGUAGAUGCUUACCUAAGAUUGUUAGAAAGAUCAACAGGAAGAUGGAAACAGCUGUUGUAGAGUUGAACAAGCUUCCAAUGGUAAUGGCUUCCACUGGUGAAGCAUUGAUGGCAUUGAUGGACAUCAUUGGUUCUGCUAAAGAAUCUCUCUUAAGAAUCCUUAUACAAGGAGACUUCUCCGAGUUCCCGGAUGAUCAGAAGAUGCACUGCACUGCUCGUUUGGCUGAUAUGCUAAGCCACUUCUCAGAUAACUUGCAAGCCAAGCCAGAGGAUGUAACCGAGUUCUUGAUGGCUGAGAUCAAGAUUCUUGACGAAUGCAAAUGUGUUGGCCUCCCAAACUUCAUCCCAAGAUCAGCUUUCUUGGCUCUUCUUUCACAACAUGUUGAUGGAAUCCAUGUAAAGCCUGUAGAGUUCAUCAAGAAGAUAUGGGACUACAUUGAAGUUGUUCUGUCAACAGUCAUCACCAAGUACUCUGAAAACUUCCCACAGAUUCAAUCAUCCAUCAAACGAGCAGGUCGCAAUCUGAUCACCAAGAUCAAGGAACUAUCUGUGAGCCGAGUGAUCGAGAUCGUUGAGAUGGAGAAGCUGACAGAUUACACAUGUAACCCUGAGUACAUGAAGACGUGGACGUGUUACACAAGUGAACAAGAGAAGUUCAUCAACGCUGUCUUAAACGAUGCGAGAAAGCCUGAGAGCUUCUCUAUAACUGUUUUUGGUAACGUGAAGAUCACGCAUCUGAGGAAGUACCACGCUCAUCUUCUGCAGCAAGCGUUUGACAUGAAGAUGAGGAUUACAUCUUACUGGACCCUUGUUCUAAGAAGGAUUGUGGACAACCUUGCGUUGUAUCUGCAGCUGUCUGUGAAGUAUCUUGUCAACAGUCAGUUUCAGAAGGAGGUUGUGGCUGAGAUGGUGGAUCCUAGAGGUGGAGGAGGAGUGGAGAGGAUGCUUGAGGAGUCUCCGUUGGUGGCAAGCAAGAGGGAGAAGCUGAAGAAUAGUAUUAAGUUACUGAAGGAGUCUAAGGAUGCUGUUGCGGCUAUUGUUGAUCAGAAUUCUGGUUAUGGAGACCGUUGA